AUGACACAGCAAGCCGACAGGGAGCCAUUGGUCUCCUCCCUGUGGACGAGGUCUCUCCUGUCCGGCGCCGUCGCAGGUCUCACCGUUGACUGCUCCCUCUAUCCCCUCGACACUAUCAAAACUCGUCUCCAAAAAGCACGCGACACAACCGCACCCCAGGUCUCCCGCCUCUCUCUACGCCAAACAAUCCGCGGCAUCUACGCAGGUCUCCCCUCCGUCCUCUUCGGCUCCGCCCCAUCCGCCGCAUCCUUCUUCAUCGUCUACGACGGCGUCAAACGCUCCCUCCUCCCGCCAUCCUCUGCCUCCUCCGAACCCCCCUCCCGCGCCCAUGUCUUCUUCACACACUCCCUCGCCUCCUCGCUCGGUGAGAUCUCCGCCUGCGCCGUACGUGUACCAACAGAGGUGAUCAAACAGCGAGCCCAGGCCGGUCUCUUCGGAGGCUCUACUUUGCUAGCGCUGAAGGAUAUCCUAUCCCUGCGACACGCAGUGCCGGAAACGCAGAGCACUGCUGGUUCAGGCUCCGCCGCCCCCGUCAAGCGUGGCUAUGGCCAAGUUAUCCGCGAACUCUACCGCGGCGCUGGCAUCACCAUCGCCCGCGAGAUCCCCUUCACCGUCCUCCAAUUCACUAUGUGGGAAUCUAUGAAAGCCACCUAUGCGCAGCGGUACCUGCAGCGCACCGAGGGCACUGCCACGAAGGAGGCCCAAAUUCCUGCAUCCACGAGCGCAAUGUUCGGUAGUGUGGCCGGUGCGAUUGCGGCUGGUCUGACGACCCCGCUGGACGUCAUCAAGACGCGGGUUAUGCUUGCGCGCCGGGGGGACGGCGGGGUGGAUGCCCCGGUGCGAGUGAAGGAGAUUGUGCGGGGGAUUGCGCAGGAGGGUCUUGGUGCGUUCUGGCGGGGGAUUGGGCCACGGGUUGCGUGGAUUGGAAUUGGCGGGGCGGUAUUCUUGGGGAGUUAUCAGUGGGCGUGGAAUACGCUUGAGGGGACGACGACGGAGGAGGAUGAUUGA